GUCUUUUCUGUCAGGGAAGCUUUCUAGUCUUCUGUCUUAAGCAGCUGUCUAUUGUUUUCUCCUUCAUAUUAUGCCAUCACCUAUUCCUCUUAAUUGUUUUCUUUCUUUUGAGUAUUCCCCCUCUGCGGACUCGCGCCCCUGCAGCAGCCCUUUAGUUAUCCCUGGCAAAGAUAGCAAAAGCUUUUUGGGGGGAACAUUUUCAGCCAGGACUCGUCGCUUGCCUCCACGCCUUUCCUGGUACUCCAUUGACUGGGAGCAGCUCUGCCUCCUGCAACCCUUAGGAUCUGGGGGCUUUGGCUCUGUCUAUAAAGCUACCUACCACGGUGCAACAGUGGCCGUGAAGCAGGUGAAGAAGAGCAGCAAAAACCGGCUGGCAUCUCGGCAGAGCUUCUGGGCUGAGCUGAACGUGGCCCAGCUCCAGCACGAUAAUGUGGUACGUGUGGUGGCUGCCAGCACCUGCGCCCCGGCCAGCGAGAACAGCCUGGGCACCAUCAUCAUGGAGUAUGUGGGUAACACCACUCUGCACCAUGUAAUUUACGGCACUGGGGACGCAUGGAGACAGGGGGAGGACGGUGAAGGAGGAUGCGGAAGGGAGGCGCUGAGCAUGGAAGAGACUGUGUGCUAUUCUUGCGAUAUCAUGACAGGCUUAGCCUUUCUGCACUCACAGGACAUUGUGCACUUGGACCUGAAGCCUGCCAACGUUUUCAUCACUGAGCAGGGAGUGUGCAAGAUUGGAGACUUCGGGUGCUCCCAGAAACUGGAGAAGGGCUUGUCCCAGAGCGCCCACGUUUGCCAGCAAGGGGGCACGUACACGCACCGUGCCCCUGAGCUCCUCAAGGGGGAGAGGGUCACUGCCAAAGCGGACAUCUACUCGUUCGCCAUCACCCUGUGGCAGAUCGUCAUGCGCGAGCAGCCGUACCUGGGUGAGCGGCAGUACGUGCUCUACGCCGUGGUCGCCUACAACUUGCGCCCUUCGCUGGCUGCCGAGGUGUUCCACGAGUCCCCGCUGGGCCAGACGCUGCACAGCAUCAUCAGCUGCUGCUGGAAGGCCAACGCAGAGGAGCGUCUGAGCGCAGACCAGCUGCUUCCCAGCCUCAGGGCCCUCAAGCAGAGGCUCUAGGAACGCUCAGGACUCUUUGAAUCCUUUUUGUCGACUUUUCUUUCCCUCCACCCUUCCUCUGAAUAUAAUUAAUUUAGCUCCUGUGUCAUCUAAAGGCUUUGUUGCUGGUUUUUUUAUACUUGGGGGAAAAAAAAAAAAAAAAACCCAAAAAACCAAACUGUUUUGAUAUAAGAAAAUAAAAAUGAAGAUAUUUAAUGAUACAGGAAGGGGAUAGAGGCAAAGAUUAAGAUGUUGGCAUACAUGACUUUUUCUGGUUGAUGUGUUGUGCUGCCUUGUUCACUGAGAGAUGUGCAGAAAAAAUGUUCGUUGUAAGUAAGUGAAGUGCAAAUAAGGGUCUACUUCUGGAAGGUUCUUUUUACAUAAUACCUUUCGGUAUUUUUAAAAUGUCAAAUAUGAGUAGUUCUUGACACCAGCUAGGGCAGUGCAUUUGAGCUUUUCCUCUUCAUUUACCAAAGAAUGAGUAUGUAUCACAAAUCAAUGAAUGCAGAAAAAUAAAGAGUGUCAGUGGCCUAUUUAACUUGUUCUUAGAUGUAUUUAGUUUCAGUAACUAUGCUGCUUCUGAUAUGGAAGAUGUGAACUACUCAUAUAGUCCUUGAGAUAAAGAACCUUUUUUUCAGUCUAAGACUACUAAGAGUAAGAAAAUGCAUUAACAGCCUGUACUUUUUGUAAGGCUUCCCUGCUAUCAGGUAUGUUAGUAGCAACUGCUAAUUGCAACACUGUGAAUUUUGAAGUAUUAUAAGAACAUUUUGUGGAGAAGUAGAAUGUAGUGUGUGGAGUUCUUAAAAACUGUGUGUGGGGGGGGAAGAAUGGUAAAGGGAGGAUUAUUUGCGCUUCAUAAUGCGUGGCUCAGUAUUGGACAAGAUACUGUAAGUACUGAAAAGGAAGUUUGCUUACAGCAGUAAUAAUGUUCCUCUGCUGGUGCUCAAAGCAUAUACUAUUGAACUAUCCUCUGCAGUGCUUGUCUUAUCUGCUAUCUUUCCUAAUCUGGUUGUAGUGUGUCUGGGAAAGGAAAUGCUGUAGGCAAUGCUGAAGACAAAAAGCUCUGAUCCCUGACUUAUCAGAACAGAUAAUUGUACAUCUGAACCCUUAUCUGGAGCUGCCUGCUGUAGCCAAUAUUCCCAUUCUACUCAAAGCCUCUGCUUCUUUUUAAGACGGGAGAAAGAGUGAUGUUUCAGUCAAAUUGUUUUUCUUCUUUACCCUUCCUCCCCCUUGCUUCCAUUCUGGAGAGAGGAAAAAAAAAAAAAUCCCAAAGGAAUUGAGCCAGUUUCCUGAUUUCUGACACACAUCUGUUCUUAGCCCCGUGAAAUCCUGGAAAUGAGCAACUAUGUGAAUUUGAGAUGAUUCUGUAGGUCUUUAUGGUAUUUGGGUUGGUAAUUGAAAUUAAUGGUUUAUAAAGCAUAUCUAAGCUUAACUAUUUCUUGGUCUUCUGUCCCCCUUAAGUGGAAAAGGAAAAUGCUGGCUGGAAUAAAAAACCCUGAAGUAA